AAUACCUUUAUGAUAGAUUCUUGGUUGUAGUAGAACAAAUGUUGAUUUGGAUUAUGCUGACUGUGAUUACUUCGUAGAUGAAAUUCGGAGCAAGCCGCUGUAAGUAUUUAGUUUUAGGACACACUUGAAAAUAAGAAGCGGAUAAUCUUGACAAGCAACUAAGUUUGAGAUCACAGACUAUCUAUCUGAAGUAGGUUCAGCGUUUCCUGGGCCGUUUUCACAACCGCAGGAAAUGUAUCAUCGCGCCGCUGGCUAAGUAUGGCCGUUUGGGAUGCAGUAUGAUGAUAGUACUACUAUAACUUAUCAAAAGAAUUAAGGUACUUGUCUAUCAGCUUUGAUCCGGUUCUUGUUCUUUCACACUCUUCGCGAAUCGUGUCAUGCUGAAGGACAAGGUUCAUGCAGACGACGACGUGCAAAGGCUUCAAAAGCGAAGGUCAUGUAAGCGACGAGUGUGGUGGGCCUCGAAAGCCGUUUCGAUUGGCCAGGCUGAGGGUGACGAGCAUGAGGACCCACAAGAGCUAGUAUCCCUGGUAGAUGGGGAAGGAGAUGACGACUGGCGAUGAUGAAAUAACGUAGUUCCA